GUGGUGUUUGGACACUAGACCAUGUGCCUAGGUAGUUUUUCCUUUCUCCGCAGCUCUACUCCCCCAGCAACGCUCACCACACCCUUGUUUUGAGAACCUCACUAAGCCCUUACCAGCAUCCAGCCAUGGGGGAUAUGAAAACCCCAGAUUUUGAUGACCUCCUGGCUGCUUUUGACAUCCCGGAUCCUACCAGCCUUGAUGCCAAGGAGGCCAUCCAGACUCCCAGCGAGGAGAAUGAGAGUCCCUUGAAAUCUUCAGGCAUGUGUAUAGAUGAAAGUGUGUCCUUGUCUCACUCAGGAUCAGCCCCAGAUGUACCAGCUGUGAGUGUCAUUGUCAAGAACACCAGCCGCCAAGAGUCCUUUGAAGCAGAGAAAGACCACAUUGCUCCCAGUCUCCUACACAAUGGAUUUCGGGGCUCAGAUCUGCCUCCAGACCCCCACCACUGUGGGAAAUUUGAUUCCACUUUCAUGAAUGGAGACAGUGCCAGGAGUUUCACUGGCAAGCUAGAGCCUCCCAAGUCGGAGCCAUUACCUACCUUCAACCAGUUCAGCCCAAUCUCCAGCCCAGAACCUGAGGAUCCCAUCAAAGAUAAUGGAUUUGGAAUAAAACCUAAGCACUCUGACAGUUAUUUCCCAGCCCCUCCUGGGUGCGGGGCUGUGGGGGGCCCAGUCUUGGAGGCUCUGGCUAAGUUCCCAGUCCCAGAGCUACACAUGUUUGAUCACUUUUGUAAGAAAGAGCCCAAACCAGAACCCCUGCCUUUAGAGAGCCAGCAGGAACAAGAGCGAGUGGGGCAGAAGGGGGUGGAGCCUCUCAAAGAUCUGGAUUCUGAUCGGUUCUUCGGGGAAGCUUUAGAGUUCAAUAGUCACUCUAGCAACAGUACUGGAGAGCCCAAGAAGCUUGUCCCAGAGCUUGGUUCUUGCUCUUCUGUCCCGCCUAGGCAGCGUCUUAAGCCAGCCCAUUCCAAGCUAUCCUCUUGUGUUGCAGCCUUGGUGGCCCUGCAGGCCAAAAGGGUGGCCAGUGUCACCAAAGAGGAUCAGCCUGGUCACACAAAGGAUCCCUCAGGGCCCAUUAAAGAGUGUUCUAAAGGCAGCCCCAAAAUGCCCAAGUCACCAAAGAGUCCCCGGAGCCCUCUGGAGGUCACUAGAAAAAGUAUCAAGCCAUCAGACAGCCCUCGGAGCAUCUGCAGUGACAGUAGCAGCAGAGGCUCCCCUUCUGUGGCUGCUAGCUCCCCACCAGCAAUUCCCAAAGUCAGAAUCAAAACCAUCAAGACAUCGUCAGGGGAAAUUAAACGGACUGUUACAAGGAUCUUGCCAGACCCUGAUGAUCCAAGUAAGUCCCCUGUUGGAUCACCUGUAGGGAGUACCAUUGUUGAGGCCCCAAGUGAGGUGCCAGGGGAUGAGGGCACAGCCCUGCCUGUGGAGGAGCACUUUCCUGAGGCAGGCACAAGUUCAGGGAGCCCCCAGGGUGAUAGGAAAGGGGAUGAGAGUGUGACAAGAGCCAGUGACUCAUCUCCUUGUCGAAGCUCUGGAUCCCGGGGUCCAAAGGGAGCUGGCUCAAGUUCACAGACAAGCAAGAAGCAACAGAGCACAGCACUGCAGGCAUCAACCCUGGCCCCUGCCAAUCUCUUGCCCAAAGCUGUGCACUUGGCUAACCUGAACCUGGUUCCCCACAGUGUUGCCGCAUCUGUGACUGCCAAGUCUUCAGCACAGAGACGGGGCCAGCCUCACGUCACGCAAAUGACAGUGCCCCUGGUCCACCAGGUGAAAAAGGCAGCCCCUCUAAUUGUAGAAGUCUUUAACAAGGUCCUCCACAGUUCCAACCCUGUACCCCUCUAUGCGCCAAAUCUCAGCCCACCUGCAGACAGCAGGAUUCAUGUGCCGGCCAGUGGGUAUUGCUGUCUGGAGUGUGGAGAUGCAUUUGCCUUAGAGAAGAGCCUGAGCCAGCACUACAGCCGGCGGAGCGUCCACAUUGAGGUGCUGUGCACACUGUGCUCCAAGACGCUGCUCUUCUUCAACAAAUGCAGCCUGCUUCGCCACGCCCGUGAUCACAAGAGCAAGGGGCUUGUCAUGCAAUGCUCCCAGCUUCUCGUGAAGCCCAUCUCUGCGGAUCAGAUGUUUGUGUCGGCUCCUGUGAACUCCACAGCACCAGCAACCACCCCAGCCCCCUCUUCCUCCCCCAAACCCAGCCCCACUUCAGGCAGUGUUAGCUCUGCACUUCCAGCCUUGCCACUUUACCCAGACCCAGUGAGGCUCAUCCGGUAUGGAACCAAAUGUCCUGAAUGUCACAAGCCAAUGCGGGACUACAUGGUCCUGGCUGCACAUUUCCAGAGAACAACGGAGGAAACUGAGGGGCUGACGUGCCAGGUAUGCCAGAUGCUGCUGCCUAACCAGUGCAGUUUCUGUGCCCACCAGCGGAUUCAUGCACAUAAGUCCCCCUACUGCUGCCCGGAGUGUGGGGUGCUCUGUCGCUCUGCCUAUUUCCAGACUCAUGUAAAGGAGAAUUGCCUGCACUAUGCCCGAAAAGUAGGCUACAGGUGCAUCCACUGUGGUGUCAUCCACCUGACCUUGGCCUUGCUGAAAAGCCACAUCCAGGAACGACACUGCCAGGUUUUCCACAAAUGUGCAUUCUGCCCCAUGGCCUUCAAGACUGCCAGCAGUACGAUGGAGCACAGCUCUACCCAGCACCCCACCCAGCCCCACAGACCCUCUCAGCUCAUUUAUAAGUGCUCCUGUGAAAUGGUCUUCAAUAAGAAGAGGCACAUUCAGCAACAUUUUUACCAGAAUGUCAGCAAGGCACAGGCUGGUGUCUUCAAGUGCCCUGAGUGCCCACUCCUGUUCCUGCAGAAGCCAGAGUUGAUGCAGCAUGUCAAGAGCACCCAUGGUGUUCCCCGGAAUGUUGAUGAGCUAUCAAGUCUCCAGUCUUCAGCAGACACAUCCUCUAGCCGCCCUGGCUCUCGAGCUCCCACUGAACCUCCAGCUACUAGUGUAGCUGCUCGAGGCAGCUCCCUGCCUGCUGGCCGUUGGGGCAGGCCAGAAGCCCAUCGCAGGGCUGAAGCCAGGCCUCGGAUGAGAAGCACUGGUUGGACCUGCCAGGAGUGCCAGGAGUGGGUUCCUGAUCGAGAAAGCUAUGUGUCCCACAUGAAAAAGAGCCACGGUCGGACCCUGAAGCGAUACCCCUGUCGGCAGUGUGAACAGUCCUUCCACACCCCCAGCAGCCUUCGUAAACACAUCCGCAACAACCACGAUACAGUAAAGAAGGUCUACACUUGUGGAUACUGCACUGAGGACAGCCCCAGCUUUCCUCGACCCUCCCUUCUGGAGAGCCACAUCAGCCUUAUGCAUGGUAUCAGAAACCCUGAUUUGAGCCAGACGUCCAAAGUCAGACCUCCAGGUGGACAUUCUCCUCAGGUGAACCAUCUAAAAAGACCAAUCAGCAGAAUGACAGAUGCUCCAGGCACCAGCAGUGGCACAACUGUCUCAUCUACCAAAAGACACAAGUCCCUGUUUCAGUGUGCAAAAUGUAGCUUUGCCACAGACUCAGAACUUGAGUUUCAGAGCCACAUACCUCAGCACCAGGUGGACAGCUCCACAGCCCAGUGUCUCCUCUGUGGCUUGUGCUACACCUCUGCCAGUUCCCUCAGCCGUCACCUAUUCAUAGUCCACAAAGUGAGAGACCAGGAGGAAGAGGCAGAAGAAGAGAUCAUGGAGGUGAAGGUGGAGGUAUCUGAUCCAGAGGAGUGCUCUAGGGAAGAAGUGGCCAUAGAAACUAGAGAGAAUGGACUGGAAGAAUGUACCAGUGAACCUUUAGGGGCUGACCCAGAGGCGAGGAGAUUGCUAGACCUGGCCCUGGCAGAAGACAGUGCCCAAGAUACUCUCAGUCAACCAAUGGCCUCUCAGGACCAGGACAGCCAUGCUCUCUCUCCUCAGGUGUGACCAAAGGCUCUGUAGCCAUUGGUCAGGCCAUGGCGUCUUCCACCUGCUGUGCAGACUGUGGGAAAUAAAAGGCUCUGCCCCAGUGUGUAUGGCUGCUGUGCUCUGGAGCACUGUCUGCCCUAAGCUGUGAGUUCUGGAUAUCCCCUAGCCCCAGAAAAUGUGGGGUCACCCAGGAUCCUUCACAGCUCUGAAUUUGCUUCUGUUAUUUAUGCCUUUGUGCUGCUUCUUGAUACCCCAAUUCUCAUUGUGUCUUUCCAACUCCAGGCUACAUAGGUGAUCCAAUGCUGUCAUCUCAGCUUGCAACCUCUCAAUGGCAGUGCUCUUCUGGGGUCCCUCCCUGCUGCCUUCAGCUGGAGACUCCUUAGAGCUUUAUUUCCCUGCAGCUCUCCUUCCUGCUCAGAGCCUGAGAAGGAAAGGAAUGAAGGGUGCUGACAGUUCCUCUGGGAGGGCUCUUGGGGCCCUUGCUCACCCUCCCCUCCCUUCUUGUCUUCUCUGAUUCUUUUCCCCAGAAACAUUCUGAGGAAUUCAUCUGUCACAUUGGCUGACCACGUCUCUGAGGGUGGCAGAAAGGUCGGCACACACGUGUUUGAAACUAAGGGCAGCAGGAGGUAUGGCCAAGGCAGGCAGGUGCCAAGAGCCAGACCUUCUUCAGGAGCUGUGGCUGGGUUUUCACUCUGUUGUCUGGACAGGCGGGGCUUGGGGCACACAGACAUUGGGAUAUUUGUAUUCUUGCUCCUGUGCCAUUAGAGAGACUGCUGCCUCAGGCAGGCCAGCUCCUCCUCCUCUCGGCUACACUCAUGUUGCUCAGACUAUAUUUCAAUAAAAAAAAAAAAAAACCUUCUUACCAUGCAGGUAGGCUCUUGUAUUCCUCUUCAAAUGAGCUGGCCUUUCCCUGUCCUACCUGAGGCUCUUCCCAGACUGCCCCAAUUCUCCUGUCUCUGAAGGAAAACUGCUUCCUGCAGUCCAUAGAGGCUCUAGGUUCUAGAGCUUAUGGUUAGGAAACUAGGAACCCCGUACAUCUUGGUUCUCUGGAGACCUCUGAAGGAGCAGAGGGAGGGUCUCAGUACUGUUCAAGAGCCAUCUCCAGGGUCUCCCCUGGCCUGGUUGCAUUGGCUUUAAGGCCUAUUGAAAUUCUUUGGGCAUCUUUCCUACAAAGGAUUUUCAACCUAAGAGACUCUUGGGGAAGGGUGAAAAGGUGGAAUUCUGUGACUUGGUACAGCACUUCAGAGACAGAAUUACCAUUGCUACAGUGAACCCAGAUGUGGCAGAGCUAGGAUUAGAUGAGAGCUGGGGCCUGCCCAAGCACAAGGGACAGAUUGUGAGGAGGUAUCCUCUGACCCAAGUGGCUCAGGCUAGGUCCAGCAGGCUCCUGUGUGGCACAGGGAAGUGUGUGCUGACUGGGUUCUUAGAAACAAUCUUUCAAAGGUGGCAUGAAUAUCAAUAAUAAAUUAAGUUGGAUAAAUAUGCCUGACCUUUUCACAAUUGAAAAUUUUUUUCCUCUAUCAAAUGCCAAAUUUUUAGUGAAAGGCUAAUUGCAAUGGGAAAGGUUAGUGCUUCCCUCAGAUCUAGAGAGACUUUGCUGUCUGACCAUUUUAAUGAAUGUUCUUCCUGGCAAGGCUGCCACCUCCCUGCAUCCCAGCUGCCAGUAAGGAUGCUUGUCCUAUUGCAGCUGCCUGCAAAGCCUGAGUGAGCCCCAAAGUAGCCAUUGUCCCUUUUCUAAUUCCCAUCACUUUGUACUCUGGUUCUGUUCAGAUGGUAUUAAGUCUUCCACCUUUUACCAAUUCCCAUUACAGGGAGUGACUCUACCCCAACUCAUAAGAACAGGUUCUUAGGGAGGCAAAUAGAGGGCUUUGAGAUGAAUGGCUGAAUUUCUUCCUGCUCAGGAACCAUGGGAGCUAGAACACACAAGGGUCAAACACCUAUCCUGGUACCAGAUACAUCCUCUUAGGGUAAAGGAAUACAGAGCUGCUCUCUUAAGAAGCCUGGGUUCUUCCUGUCCUUAACCAGCUCCUGACAAACUACACAACCUCACAGGUCCCUGUCCUUCAAAAUAGAAUUAGGAAUUCCCUGUCAAGAUUUUUGUAAGAUGGUGAACAUGCAAGCACUUUCUAGAUUCCAGAACUCUGUGAACAUGGAUCUGCACUUUAGGGAUUGGAGAGUGGAGCAUACUUCAUAUACUGGGUAUCAGUUAAGAAUUAGCUGGCAUGCCUAUCCUUUAUUCAGUAAUAAUGAGUAUUAUAGCAUUUGAAGCCCUGUUUGUGCCCAGCAUCUUGUUUAACACUUUCCUGAAGACUCAUUUAAUCCUCACAAAGGUCCAGUUAUCCCCUCAUUUUACAGAGAAGAAAAUGGGCUCAGGAAGGCUAAAUAACAGAUAUGUUGGCCCACCUGUAAUAAUGGUGCUGAAACAAACCUGUUAACCACUGUGUUGCCUUAGUGACCAAGGCUGCUGUGGCCUCUGCCAGCCUGUUGGCAGUGUGCAGCCAUUCAAAGCCCACCUUAAUAUUGCUUAAACAGGUGGGGUGCCCCAUAGUGUCAGAUCCUCCGUGGAGCCCACCUGUGCCUUGUCAUCCCAAGGAGGGCCCUGAACAUACACAAGAAGAGUUCCUUCACCAUUAAUUCUCACUGGAGUCUACAUUGCUAUCUGAAGACCUUCAUUUCUUGAGAACUGUCUAGAAUAGGUUACCUAACCUUCCCAGGAAGUACAUGGUUCCCUCCGAGUCCAGUAUCUUCUGAUCUCUCACGUGUGUUUUAAUGGUUGUGCUAUUGUUUGUCAUCUCAGAGAAUGCUUUUCGGGAACAGGCACUUCACUGCUGCAGUGAAUGCUUUACUGAUCAAGUUAGAUAAGAUCCCUACCCUCUAAAAACUACCAUUGAAUACACUGAGGCUUGACAAAUGACUAGUAUUUAUUCUUCAACUGCUUUAUCUUUGUAAAAUGAUAUGCCAGAUUAUCAUGAGCUAAUUGUAAAGAACUUGCCCCUUAUGUAACCAGUCUGGAUUUUUUUUUUUGGUCUUUUUGAGACAGGGUCUCCCUGUAGCCCCAGCUGUCCUGGAACUUACUAUGUAGACCAGGCUGGCCUUGAACUCACAGAGAUCCACCUGCCUCUGCCUCUGCUGGGAUUAAAGGCAUGUGCCACCAUGCCCGGCUACCAGUCUGGAUUUUUAAAACAAACAGUUGUGUCCCCAGAAGCUCCACACUUUGCCUUGUCCCAGAAUAAGGAACUUCUGUCCUGUUCACUGUACAUUCAGCACCAGGUAGUUCCUUUCAUUUUUUGUUUUGAAAAAUUGACAGAUAUACAUGGUAAGGCAUUCAACAAUACAAAAGAAUAUACAAUAAAGAGUAAACUUCCUGAGGGGGUCAGCCUCCCCUCCCUUGCCAGAGUUAAUCACUGUUAUCUAUAUCUUGUGUAUCCUUUCAGAGCAAUUCUAUGCAUUUAUGAGUUCAUAAAUAUGUAUAUUUA